AUGGAGCAGAAACAAGAAGCGGGGACUGCUCCAGCCUUCCGCUGGCUCAGUCGCGACAAUCGAGGACCGACGUACAUCAGCUACAAUCAGUUCGAUCGCCUCGCAGCCUGCUCCUUCGAGUUCGGCGCAGAUGGCAUUGCAGCGUCGAGCAACCUUGGUGGAGAGCUUCUCCAACUCUCCGCAUCGUCCGAGAAACAUGGCAUAAUAUUCGCUCGAGGCGAUUUCUCAGAUUCGCUCUAUGCUUGUGUUGCACGAACCCAGAUGGAGGUCGGUGGAUCAUCCACAUUUGGCCUCAAAGUCGCGAGAGACCAGAAACCAUACGGCACUCCUGAGUUGGUGAAUCGGUUGAACAACAAAGAACAUAACUACUCGCCUAACGGGUCUAGUUUCCUUUUAGGCAAAUUGAUUGAUAGAGGAUGUUUCAACUACCGCUGGCCAUUAAACGAGUAUGCUCUUCUACUGAACGACCUAAUUGACGGUGACGUGAACCAGCAGGUGGGUACAUGUGUGACAUUCUCGUUCAUGAAGGACGGCGUGUGCUACCAGGUCAUAAGAAUCGAGCAAAACUGUCGGACCGAUAACCGCACCUGGUACCUCAUUCCACCAGAAAAUCAGAUUGUCUUCACGAUCGGAGGUCCCACGUGGCUUCAACCUCUGGAACCUGUCCGGACAUCCAACGGGUCUCCGGUAUCGGAUAUCGACGAGGUGGCUGAAAAAUGUAUCUGGGUUGCAGAAACUGGAACCAAUAUUGCCUUGGAGUCAAAAGUAUGGCAGCUCGAUGAAGACGGCCGUUCCUACACGCCUCUGAAACUGAAAAGGCACAAUGACGAGAAUAGCCGUGGCAUAGUUUACGGUGCCUGUGCCAAAAUACCAUCUCUUACCAAUGGGUAUGGAAGUACAACUUUCAUCGCUGCCAUACGCCUCGUCGAAAGAACGGACGCAACUCCUGUGGAAGAAUGGCCCUCAGUUCCAUCCUCAAAUGACAUCUACGAACAUGUCGGUGUCGGGCGUUCUAGUCCAGCGGCAACAGGCGCAAUGUGGGACUCCAUCACUCUAGGAAGCGAUCUGCGUACCGACUUGGUGUCUGAAUCCACUGAUACCAGCAUCAUUGGUCGAUGCCUCGAGAAGAUACUCCAGGUGGAUCUUGUUCCUAGCGUCCCCAACACAGUCAUCCGAGAGUGGGCGAUCAUGAGCAAUCUAUUUAUGAACCCUACCAUUAGCCUAAGAUCCUUAUUCUGGAAGGUUCGAUUCCUCGUGAAAGCCCACAGCUUUCUAUCGACGCUUGAAGCGAGCAGGAGCAACUCUCCGAUAUCCGAAGCAUAUAAGAUAGAUUCUCAGGACGACAACCACCAUGGCAUUGCGAAGAACGACUCCCUCGGCUUCUCUUGUUUUCAUGCAGAAGAUAGGGAGAACAUGGUCGGAAUUGCUCGGCAUCAGUGCAAACGCAUCCUAGGCGCUCUUGCGUCAAUCAUUCUAUUUCUAGCCAAGCUCCUCUCGGAGCCGGAAUUUCCAUUCUUAACGCCCCUGAUGCCAUUCUCUGAGCGUUUUCCAGCCGAUGAGUCUGACUACUACUACAUCAUGAUCAGUAUUUGGUACGUCGUAAAGUCAAUGCCCACGUUGAAGGCGGAGUUGGCAGGCCGCCUGAGCGAUUUUGACCGAAAGAGUUUGGAACUUUCCUGUAUUCCUCCGGAUGACCGCGACUUUGGGGAAACAGUCGAGCACAAGAUACCUCUUCUCCAGUGGUACCACUGGGGCUCAAUGCUCAAACUUGCCGGAGUCGGCAUACUUCCGGCCUGCUGGAAUACGGCUGCUAUGCAGAGGCAAGUCUAUCGGUUGGGUAACGCUGCACGAAUAGUCCAGACAGGAAGACUAUCCUCCAGGUCUCCUUACUCCGCCGAGGACGAGAUCGUUGAUCGUCUGGCAUUUUUGGUGCGUGAAUUAGGCUUGGAGCAGUUUGACGCUACUACCGAGGCUACUGCCUCGGUGUCCAUCCAAAUUGUGCGACAACGAGAGUUCACGAAGCAACUCAAUCCCGGCACUCUACCGCCCCAUGAGGACGGGCCGACUAGUGGGCCCUGGGAGCUUCAGGCGUUGUGUCACAACAGCGGGCUCAAUAUUCUUACCCUGGAGGACGGCAGAUACAAUACACAAGACAACGACGACUGGCGUGCAGACGAGCGGAGAGACGAGGAGGUCGCUCUUCACAAGGCUAGGGUCUGCUGCUUCCUCAAUUCAGAAGGCACAUUAGUUUCCUGCUGGGAGCGCUCACAGCUCAGGUUACGAUCGGGCUGGCUACGGUCCGAAGCGACGGCCGUGUUCAGUUCGACAUUGCUUGACAUCCACCGCUAUAUCCCCGUCACUCACGCCAGACUGCAGCCGGCCUCGCCUCGUGAUUCACCGCCAAGGUCUAACUCAGAUAUCCAGAGGAUGAUUCAGCGCAUGAUACUUGCGGAGACGGUCCACAUGCGGCACCUAAUGGUCCGACAAGGCGAAAUUCUCGAGAAACUGGGAGGCCACGGCUCGCGCUCCAUUGACUGGAUGUCAUUUGUCCCGUCGCGGCAGUAUCACCCGGACAACUUCAUAACCUCGCUUGAAGACACGCCACACCUCUUCUGCAGGCCCUUCACGGAUAGGGUGACCAUUCCCAAGGCCCUCAAAGAGUCCGCGAUGCCCGAAGGCGAGGACAGAAUUACUAGACGCCAUCUUGAGGAUGCGGUGCGGGACGAGCCUGGCUCCGUCUCUGUGUCAGAUAUUGUCGCCUUGCCGAUGGAUCCGAAUUCGCUCUCUCACAAGACCCUCGUUUCCAGCGACCGACAUAUCUUUGACAGCUCACCUGAACAAGACAAUGUGGUCAUGGCUCUUUUUGACAGCCUAGUUGACCAGUCUGUACAACAUCGAAUCCUCGCCGUGAGAAAGCUGACGAAGGAUCUCACUCGAAUUCUGAUGUACGUGUUGCAUCCGGAGGCGGUCACUUGUCUGAGCAACCACAAGCUUUCCGCUUCCCAUUUCUCAUGCCAGCAGGGAUCUACGUGGACUAUGAGCCUCACAGUAACAGGCUGGAUUGAGGCGAAGACAACCAAGGCCUCCUCAGAUAACGGAUAUAUCUGUCUCCCAGAGGAGCUUGACAAGGUGGGGCCGUCAACACAGGAGCCACUGACAAAAGAGCCGCAAAAGCCCAGACCGUACCGCUUGUCUGUGACUUCGAUAAUUCUCUCGACCAACGAUUUUGGCGACUUUAGCAGGUGCACUAUCAUUUCCGAGACGAUCGAUAACGGCCGCCUGCGCCGUCUCGUCAGUCAUGCUGAUGAAGUAUGGAAUCGAUUCAUCCACCAGCCACAGACCGCGAGAUGCCUUGUCUACCUGCAAGCGUUAGGGACGAGGUGCACCAUCCUCUCUGAGCAGUAUCAUCGCACAAUCGAUGAGUUCGGAUCUGUUCUCCAUUUCAUGGAAGUCUUCUUGGUGGAAGAACUGGAGUGGAGCCAUGACCGUCCAGAACAGUCUAAAGACGACCCUGAACAGCAUCCUGGACGCGAAGGAGCCGGGAGCAGAAGUGAGAGGCUGCAGCGAAUGUGUCAAGAAUAUGUGGCGGAAUUCGAAAGCAGCCUAAUGGAACUGACCAAGGUGAACGACAAUCUUGAGAGGCAAAUCGCCUUGGCCAUUCGCUUCAAGGACGCGAUUUCCUCUAUGUUGGCGCUGCGGGACAGCCGAGUCGGGCUUGAGCAGAACAAGACCUCCAUUUCCCAAAACAGUACCAUCCGGAAGCUGACAUACUUGACCAUUGGAUACUUGCCCAUGAGUCUUGUGACUGCCAUUUUUGCCAUUCCGGACUCCCAAAACGUCAUCUUCCAAUCCAUGGGCCUAGCCUGGUUCAUCGGCGCCAUCGUCAUCAUGUCGCUGGCGACUUAUAUGGUGGCUAUCUGGAUCAGAGAAAUCAUUAGGUUCUUCCGGUUUCCAGUGAAGCAGAAAAAAUCUUCAGCCUCUCAAACUCCAACGCGAAAUCUUUGGGCCAUGCUGAUAUAUCUUUGGACAAAGAGUUGGAAGAUCGUGAAAUAUCCCCGCCUCGUCCUUUUACGAAAAAAGAGAUCUGACGCGUCAGACACUGCGGGUCAAGAUGUGGUAUGA